CUCAUAUUAUACUUUUUCGCACUCCUCCGCUUCUUUUGCUUUUUUCGUUUUUUCUGCUUUUUCUGCUUUUUCUUGAUUUUGGUCAUCGGCGUUUACAAUUAUUUCGACUUGACGGAGAUCUUUGGAGAUCUUUUUGCUGGCCAAUCGGCGUUGUUGAAUUUUUAAUUCUAUUUUGAAAAAUUAUCUUCAAUUCCCAUCAUAUCCACUUCUCGUUAUCUAAUAAAUCUACACUUCUUUGACAUUAAUCUACAAAUGCAAUCUCCUUUACAAUCUUAUUUACAAUCUCAUUUAUAACCCCCAUUUAUUCUCAUAAAUCUCAAAAUUUUUAUCUCAUCUCUUAUAUUUGCAUAUCACUAAUUUUCAAUCCUCAAUACUCGAUACCCAGAUAUUCCACAAUGUUUAUCAAAGCAGCAAGCUAUAGAAGACUAACAAACUCUUUAUUCUCAACAACCUUUCUAAUUGCCUUUGGUGUUGUAUCUUUUGGUUCUCUUUUGGAAUGUCCAAUAAAUCAAUCAAUGGCCAACGACACAAAUGAAAAUAACAAAAUCAAAUUACAAGCUGCUCUAGAAAAAUUAGAUAACAACAACAACAACAACAACAACAACAACAAUAACAGUCUUUUUCACUCUGACUUCCUUCAUAAACACCUCUUAAAUAACAACAUAAUAAAGAGCAUACUGAAAUAACUCUACAACCACUCUCGCUGCUUGCAGUCUUCUCUUCACGUUCUCACUUGGAUAAUGCUCGGUUCAUAUCUCGACUUAUAUAAAUGCCCAUUAGACCCUUUCUCUUGUUUUUAUUCUCUUCCAACCCUCCACUCUACUCUCUUCUUUAUCUCCCUCUUAAUAUUCUCUGUAUCUCCCCUUAUACUAUAUACUUGCCUCAAUCAACAUUAUCUUCUUCAAUUGUACUUCCACUUCUUCCACUUCCUCCACAAAUCUCGCCUUUCCCUUUUCAGACGCCUUCCGUGCUUUUGGUCUCUGUUUUGCUUUUUUUGUGUAUUUCCAUUUUUUGAUCUGAAAAAUAAACAC